CAGGCACGAAGAUUCAGGAGGAGUAGCAUCCUUCUUGCAUGAGUAUAUUGCUUCCUCUUCCCGGAAUAAUGAGGAGAUCACUAUGUCCACAGGCGCGGCAAUAAGACCAAAUAUUCAUUCGCAAUGUCAUCUCCCGCUUCGCAGAAACUAUCCCAUCCUCCGGCAUCUAAAGCCAACGCGGCCUCUCCCAAAGUAACCUCUGAAGACGUCGAACUCGGGCCUGUACAGAAUGGACAGGCAGAACCCAGCCUGCCUCUGGAGGAGGAUAUCAUGCAAUGCGCGCGCAUUGGCGCCCUCGAACACAUUCAGAAAAUGAUUCAGUCCGGAAAAUACAAUGUCAAGUAUAAAGAUGAAGAAGGCAUCACACCUCUACAUUGGGCUGCUAUCAACAACCAGUACGCCGUGUGCAAAUACCUGCUGGAGCAGGGCGCGGAUGUCAAUGCGAAAGGAGGAGAAUCCAAUGCUACUGCAGUUAUGUGGGCUUCGCAACGAUGCCAUUACUACAUUGUCAAUCUCCUACUGCAGAACGGAGCCGAUCCUCUAUUGACCGACGGUCAAGGGUACAACAUUCUCCAUCUCGCUACCAUUGAUGGAAAUGCUCUUCUCCUGAUCCUCCUGCUACAUCAGGACAUUCCUGUGGACAUUCCGGACCCUCAAGGCCACACCAGUCUAAUGUGGGCAGGAUACAAAGGUUGGCCAGCCUGCGUCGACCUCCUAUUGCGAUGGGGAGCUAAUGUCAAUGCGACGGACGACAAUGGAUAUACUCCCUUACACUGGGCUCUGGUCAAAGGCUCGAAAGCCUGUCUGGACAAGCUGCUCGAAUACGGCGCCGACAGAUCCGCAAAGACAAACGAGGGCAAGACACCGAGCGUCUGUGCCGAUGAGAUGAACACGAAACGAGCAUACUAUCGCUCAUUAGCCGAUCACGGAUACGAUUCUUCCGGCAAUAUCAAGCCACUUCCCUUUGGACUGCAUGUUAUGAUCAGGGACCGCUCGAUAAUGUCCAAGUUUUUCUUCCUCUACCCUUUUGUGAUCAUUCCGAUUGGUCUGUACAUUAUAAGUCACCUCGACAUAUUCAUUGGCCUGCCGGUCUUCCUGGUCGUAUGCUUGGGCAUGCAGUACAUUGCUCAAAGGAUCGCAAUGAAGUCCCAUCUGGAAUAUCACACCAUUCACAAAACACCUUACUUAGCAGGCAUCUUCGCAGGAACACUAUUCUGGGUCGGCUUCAACUAUCUAACCACUAUUCUACCUGUCACUUUCUCUUCUAACCUCCUUUCAAACCUCAUGUUUGCCAUCUCCUACGCCAGCACUUGCUACUUCUACUUCCUCGCCAUGUUCCAGGAUCCAGGCUGGGUGCCUAAACUGGCGUCCCGAAACCAACAACGGGCGGUUAUUCAGGAGUUGUUCUCGCUUUGGAAAUUCGACGAGGAAAAUUUCUGCGUGCAGUGUAUGGUGCGCAAACCUCUGAGAUCCAAACAUUGCCGCCGCUGCCACCGCUGCGUAGCCAAACAAGACCACCACUGCCCUUGGAUACACAAUUGUGUCGGGAAUAACAAUCUCCGGCAUUUUUACAUCUACAUUCUCUGCCUGGAAGUCGGCAUCAUUCUCUACGUCCGCCUCGCCCUCUCCUACCUGUCUGUCCUUCCCGCCCCGUCUGAGGACGCCAUUUUGAAAUGCCAUAUCCUGGGACCCUCUCUCUGCACCUUUGUGCUGCGCGACCCAUGGACUGUCGCUCUAACGUUCUGGGCCGUCCUCCAACUCGUUUGGGUUACGAUGUUGAUCGUCGUGCAGACUGUACAGAUCUCGAAGAACCAGACAACCUACGAGAAUAUGAAGCGGCACGAAUAUUCUCACGACAGCCGACCUCUUCUGCCGCAGCAUGCGCGAUCAAUUACGCAGGGCGCGUCCACAGCUACAUCCUCAUUGAACGACACUGCAGCAGCGUCAACGCGCGUUGACCCCGUGCCUCGACGGCCAGAUGGCUGUCUUACGAGGUGGAAGAAACUCCUAGGUCUCGAUGCGUUCUUGGCCACCGCAUCAGACGCAUCGCAUGGCAAGUUGCAGUCUCGCAAUUCCAACCCAUUCAGUCGCGGCAUCAUCGGGAAUUGCAAGGACUUCUGGUGUGACCCGGCGCCUGUGUUCGGCAAGAGGAAGAACGGCGAGGGCUAUCUUGGCGGCGAAGUCGUGGAUUAUGCACAUCUGUAUGAAGUACCAUUGAGGCUUAGGAGAGGAGCAGGUGGAAUGGCGUAUACGAGCGUCGCUACUGAUGAUGACGAGGUAUGAUCCUUGCACCGAAAUUGAGUCUUAUAUAUCAUACUAGCGUUAAUGCGUGCAUAUUUUCAUUGAGAAGCCUAGCUCAACACGGAGUCCUGAGGAGCAGACAAGCUCAGAUCACAUCGAAACACCUGUACACUUG